AUGAGUUUAGAGUCUUUUUGGAAACGUGCCGGGAAGUCACAAAAGUCCUCUACUUGUUCUUCACCUAGUUCAAGGAAUCCUCCAAUAGAAGAAGAUGUUGUAACUCCUAUUGAUGAUGUGGAUAUUGAGUCUCCUAAUGAUGAUGCGGAUGUCGUGUCUCCUAAUAAUGAUGCGGUUCCAGUGGCUGCUUCAAUUCCAAUCCCUGAAAACACAACUCAAAGUAAUCCAAAUGCUAGUGUUGAGUCUGAUGAUACUCGCAUUUAUGAUGUUCAUCUUCUUCCACAUGAUCCUGGAAAAAGAAUUCCAAUUUUGGAAUAUCCUGCUACUGACAGGGAUGCUGUGAGAAGAGGUUAUAUUACAAUGAAACGUUGUGAUCCACGCACUCAUAAUUUCCCUCGAAGAAAAAUAGGAGGUAUGCGUCGAUUUAAUGUUGCUUGGUUUGAUAAAUAUGAUUGGCUUGAAUAUAGUGUGGAGAAAGAUGCGGCUUUUUGUUUUGUGUGCUACUUGUUCAAAGAUAAAGUUGAUUCUAUGGCUGCUAAUGAUUGCUUUAUUAAAGGGGGGUUUAGAGGAUGGAAUAAGAUUGGUAGAUUUAAUAUUCAUGUGGGAGGUCUUGGUAGUUUGCAUAAUCAAGCUUAUGAAAAAUACAAUUUUUUCAUUAACCCAAAAACAUCAGUUGCCGAAUCUUUUUCCACUUACACCACAGAAGCUAAACUUCAAUACAAAUCUCGAUUGACUUAUUCAUUAAAAUGUAUUAAGUUUCUUCUAAGUCAAGGCUUAGCUUGUCGUGGGCAUGAUGAAAGUGAAGACUCUUGGAAUAGGGGUAAUUUUCUUGCACUCUUAACAUGGCUUUCAGAGAAUAAUAGUGAUGUUGCAAAGGUUGUUCUAAGUAAUGCCCCGGGAAAUAAUCAAAUGACUUCUCCUUUAAUUCAAAAGGACCUCAUUAAUUGUUGUGCCAAAGAAACCACUAGACUUCUCAUUGAUGAUAUUGGGGAUGACUACUUUGGAAUACUAGCAGAUGAAUCUAGUGAUGUAUCUCAAAAGGAACAAUUGGCCCUUUGUUUGCGUUAUGUGAAUAAUAAAGGGAAGAUAACUGAGAGGUUUCUUGGAAUUGUACAUGUUAAGGAUACCACUGCUUUGUCACUAAAGAGUGCAAUUGAGUCUUUGCUUAUGGAGUAUUCAUUGAUUUUGUCUAGAGUUCGUGGACAAGGUUACGAUGGUGCUAGUAAUAUGAGGGGUGAGAUAAACGGUUUGAAGACUUUGAUCAUGAAUGAAACAAAACAAGCUUAUUAUAUUCAUUGUUUUGCUCACAAACUUCAAUUAACCCUUGUUGCUGUUGCUAAGGAUAAUGAUGAUUGUAUUUGGUUGUUUGACCAACUUGCUAUUUUAUUGAAUAUUAUUGGUGUUUCUUGUAAGAGAAGGGAAAUGAUAAGAGAAAUACAAUCUCAACAUGUUCUAGAAGCAUUAGAUUUAGGGGAAAUUGAAAGUGGGCAAGGUUUAAACCAAGAACUUGGUUUAGGUAGGCCUGGUGAUACUAGGUGGGGGUCACACUACAAAACUGUUUCAAAUGUUACCUCAUUAUAUGCUACUAUUGUCAAAGUUCUCGAGAAGGUUGGAUCAAAUAAGCUUUAUAAGGAUGAUCGUGUAAAGGCUAUCACUGUUAUGUCUACAUUUGAAUCCUUUGAGUUUGUUUUCAUGAUACAUUUGAUGUCUGAAAUAUUUGGGCAAACUGAUAAAUUGUGUCAAUCUUUGCAAAGAGGAGACCAAGAUAUUGUUAAUUCCAUGUCAUUUGUUACGGUGACUAAGGAACAAUUGCAACAAAUGAGGGACCAUGGGUGGGAAGAAUUUUUGCAUCUUGUGCUUUCUUUUUGUGCUAAACAUAAUGUGGAAGCUCCUAAUAUGGAUGAUAUGUAUGUUCCUCGUGGAAGAUCAAAACGCUUCUUUGCCAAAGUGAAAAAUCUUCAUCGUUUUAGAAAUGUAUUUAAGUGUCAUUGA